UCAUAGUAGAUCCUGAUCAUCUGCUUCUUUUUCUAUCAUCUGCAGAUGUUUCAAAGAACACUGAAGCAGGUCUCCAUCUGAGUUUCACAACCACACUGAGCUGAUCACGCAGCAAACCUUUCACCUCCACAUCUGAGUGAGCUGAACGCCCCCCCUCCCUCCACGACUGCUGUUUAUCUGGUCCUGCAGUGAACACCGUCCCCGCUGAGCUCUGGACUGUGAAGACCUUCUCCUCAGGAGGGAUUUCUUCUUUGCUCCUCAAACACGGGAGAGAUGCCGCUGUCGCGCUCGCUGUCCAUGACCUCCCUGAGCGGGGUGCUGCCGGCCUGGGAGGAGGACCAGCUGCCUGUGGAGGACCUGCUGCUCUUCGAGGUGGCCUGGGAGGUAGCCAACAAAGAUCAUCUUCCACCCAGAGUUCUUGUCUUCCACCAGCCCGCUGCUACCCAUGGACUAUGAUGACUUUGUUCGUGGCUGCAAUCUGGGAGUGUUUCCCUCUUACUAUGAGCCAUGGGGAUACACACCUGGUGAGUGCACAGUCAUGGGAAUUCCCAGUGUGACCACAAACCUAUCAGGUUUUGGCUGCUUCAUGGAAGAGCACAUCUCUGACCCCACAGCCUAUGGCAUCUACAUCGUGGACCGGCGGUUCAAAUCCCCGGAGGAGUCCUGCAACCAGCUGACCCAGUUCAUGUUUAGCUUUUGCCAGCAGUCCCGGCGCCAGCGGAUCAUCCAGCGGAACAGAACCGAGAGGCUGUCUGACCUGCUGGACUGGAGAUACCUUGGACGGUUCUACGUGCACGCCCGUCAGCUGGCUCUGAGCAGAGCUUUCCCGGACAAGUUCAAAAUGGACGCCACCUUGAAGAUGGAAGGUUUUCGAUACCCCAGACCCUACUCAGUGCCCCCCUCCCCCUCUGCCUCCCUCCACUCCACCCCCCACCACAGUGACGCUGAAGAUGAGGAUGAUGAAGCAUACGAUGAAGAGGAGGAGGCGGAGAGGGACCGGGUGAACAUCAAGGCUCCGUUCGCGCUGGGCGCGGUUCCGGAUGGGAAGAAGCAGCCGGGAGAGUCCAGGAACUGAAGAUCACAUCUGGGAGCCCCACCCCAACCCCAACCCCCACAAACACCCAGAAAUGUUUAAAUGAAGUCUACAUUAACCCUAACAUGUAAGGCUGGAUUCAAUCUGGAAAAAAUCGUUAGUCCAGACCGAGUCCUGAACCUUGUGUUUGGUUUGUAUUCAGACUCCCAUGAACCAAAGAUUUCUGUUUUCUACCAAACUUCCCAUCCAGCAAGGCCAAGAGGGCCCCAUAUGGUUUAAAAGUCAAAGAAAAUUUGGGCCCCAAAUGGGUUUGUCUGCAGUUUCCUUGGUGGCCCCGUCAGUCUGCCAAAAUUGACUUAAGUGGGCACUCAGCAAUGGGCUAGCUACAGCAUCCCAUCCGCCCAGUGGACAGCGUAACUAGCUUGGGUGCACAGGGGCCGGCAGACCUAGCGAAGUCGCUGCCUUGGCUGGCGGUCACUGGUCAGUGGAGCUAAUGUGGGCAAACACAGGUGGGGCCAGCAAAGAAACUGUGGACAAACCCUUUGGGGUCCACAUUUUCUGCCCAACUUUAAACCAUAUGGGCCCACUUGGCCUUGCUGGCUGGGUUGUAAACAAAACCAUGUGACUAAAGAUCUCUUCAGUCAUUGGCCAGGGAUUAUGGGGGCAGGGCAAAGUAACUAGAGAACGAAUGAAAGUCUUAAACUCUGCAAUCCUUGUCAGACCAAUUUUGAUCGUCUGUAUCAACACUUUUUACUGAUACUUUGGUACGGUGGAGGGUGGUUACUGAGGAGACGACGGCUCAGAAGGUACGAUGAUAAGUGUUUCUGUUUCUGUUGUAUAGAUUGUCGGGAAAACAGUGAGAAAAAAUGUGUACCAUGUUGUUCUAAUUAGUCUGCAUUCAUCCAAGCACAUUUCAUAGAGUUGCUGUGUCUCGUCGAUGCUCCACUACUCUGUUUACAUCCCAUAAUGCCUGGCUACGGUGGCCAUUUUGGUCCAGUUGUUCCGGUCUGAGCACAGAGUCUAUUCAGACUGAGGAAACUGGAGCUCAGUCCGAUUAGAAACGAACCGAGACCACCUCCAAAGACGGGUCAGGAAGCAGUUUCUGGUCCCGGACCAGAGUCCACCUGGGUGUAUUCAGACAGAAAAUUUGGGUUAACGGACUGUGGUUCACUUUAAGAAAACUGAAUGUGUCCAGUGUGAAUACACCCUCAGAUCUAUAAACACUGUAAUUGUGUUCAGAGACGUCUUCUGUGACCAUGCCUUCAGAUGAGUCAUUAAAAUCUGACUCUGACUUUCA